AUGGACUGUGUCCAAGGGAGCGUCACAGGUUUCCAUCUUCUCCAAGCUGUUUUAAGUACAACUGUGAUCCCAUCAUGCAUUCCAGGAGAAUCCAAUGAUAACUGCACAGCUUUAGUGCAGACAGAAGACUACCCACGGGUUGCUCAAGUGUCAAUAACCAAGUGUGGCUCCAACAUGGAAGGAUACUGUUUGCAUGGACAGUGCAUCUACCUGGUGGACAUGAAUGAACAUUACUGCAAGUGUGAAGUGGGAUACACUGGUGUCCGAUGUGAACACUUCUUUUUAACCGUCCGCCAGCCAUUGAGCAAAGAAUAUGUGGCUUUAACUGUGAUUCUUACUAUCUUUUUUCUUGUCAUAGUUGCAGGUUCCAUGUUCUACUUUUGCAGAUGGUACAGAAACCAUAAAAGUAAAGAACCAAAGAGAGAAUAUGAAAGAGUGACUUCAGGGGAUCCAGCAUCACCCCAAGUCUGA